AUGGCGUACGUCGACGGCUGCAGCCUUGACGAUCUGAUCGAGACUCAGGGACCCCUCAAUGAGGACCAUGCUCGCUAUAUCUUCCAACAAAAGGUGCUCAUCAUCGAUUGCUUGCACGUCCACUACAACAUAAUGCACAGGGACCUCAAACUCUCUAAUUUCAUCGCGUGGCGGAAGAAAUCGGAAGAGGGGAUGGUCACGGUGUCACUGUGCGACUUUGGUUGGGCCAAGCAGAGUGGAAGCGGUGGUCCCACGGUCACAAAGACAGGCACCAGGAGGUACAUCGCCCCAGAGGUGCUCAACUCUCCAGCAGACACCUGGUACGACGGCAAGGCUGCAGACAUGUACUCGCUGGGUGUCUGCCUUUUCAAGAUGAUUUUCGCGCAAUUCCCUCGAACCCAGGACGAAGACAUUGUUCCUGCCGGUGUCGUCUCCCCCCAGUGCGCCCAGCUCCUUCGGAGGCUUUUGCAACCGAAUCCAGCCCAGCGCAUCACGCUUGAUGAGCUCUGGGCAGACCCAUGGUUCGAUGAUGAAUUUAGAGCGAUGAGGCAGUACAACGAGGAUAGAAUGGCGGAGGCAGAGAGUAGGAUCGUGGAGCAGAGUGAGGAGGAUGUGGCAGACCUGAUCAAAGAAAUGUGGGGCGUUCCUGCUCAGAACUAG